UAGAUAGAUAGAAAUUAUAUGCUUGCAGUUAGGCAGAAGGCAUAAGAAUUCAUUUUUCGCAGUUUCAUGUCUUUUAUGGCAUUUACAACUUCAAUGAAUGUAACUUUCAGUCGGAGUUAUGCACUGGGACAGGAGAGAAAUGGAAGAAAUGACUCUACUGAGUCUUUGAAGGUCUUCAUACAGAGUAUAAACUCAAAUUUUCCACAACAGACAAUCACCUGUCAGGAAGAUUCAACCUCCAAAUAUGCUACUGUGGAUUUUGCAAAGAUGGACAUGACUGAAGAGGGCCAAAUGAUUGUGGCCAUUUGUACCCCACUGAUGCGUAGGGUGCAUCACACCUUAAAACACAGUGGGGAAAUAGUGUUCAUAGAUUCUACAGGAAAUGUAGACCGCACUGGUGUUCGUGUGUUUCUUCUGGUAACUCACAGCUGUUUGGGUGGAUUACCACUUGGUGUGAUAAUCACAUCCAGUGAAUCCACAAGCACCAUUAAAGCAAGCCUAAAGUUGCUCUGUUCUGUAAUUGGCCCCUCUGGGUUUUUUGGCCGAGGUCAGAAGGGACCUUUCAUCUUUAUGACUGAUGACUCUAGGGCAGAGAGAGCAGCUCUUGCGGAAAUUUUCCCUGAGUCAGGGCAGCUUUUGUGUGCAUUCCAUUUACUACAAGCCUUUUGGCGUUACAUAUGGGAUCAAAAGACCCAGGUACACAGGGAUCAACGGCAACAUAUAUUUCAUCUGGUAAAAGAUAUUAUGUAUGCAGAUAAUAAAGAAAUGAUGGACAGAAUUAUUGAAAAGGUACUAACUGAUGAAGUACUAAGUAAGUAUAUUCAUGUUCAAGAUUAUAUCAAGAAAAAUCUUUUAGACAGGAAAAGUGUAUCGGCCAUAUGUCUUAGGGAAGGGCUACCCAUAUGUGGUAACAACACAAAUAACUCUUGUGAGGCAGCAAUGCAUAUAUUAAAAGACCAGGUUUUGAUGCGCACCAAAGCAUUCAACCCACAGCAACUUGUUGACUUCCUUUGUCAUGAUUUGGAAGCAUAUUAUGGAAGGAAAUGUAUUGAUAUUGCAAAUGGGCAGCUACAGGAACAUAUUGCAUAUGACUUCAUCACCCAAGUUGGGGGUUCAAAAGAAAUGCAAUUUGAUGUGAGAAGCAUGAGAGACCCAAAUGUUGUAUACAGAGUAGACAUGACAGUUGGGUUUUGUACUUGCAGGAAUGGGAACACAGGUGGGCCAUGUAAACACCAGGCAAAUGUCAUCAGAAAAUUUCAGAUUCGAUCGUGGAAUUUCAUUCCAGAAAAUAACCCUGAAAUGCGCCAGAUUAUCUGUUAUAUAGGAACUGGCCAAUAUCAUGCAUCCUCCUGGUUUGAUAACCUGAAAAGUGAUAACAGGUCAGCGGACACUAAACUUGGUGAGUUUGAAAAUGCAAUUCACAAUGAGGGUUCUGUGUCACCUAAGCCAGAAGCUCAGAAAUCUGAGACCUAUAAUAUUGUAAGCCUCUCUCAAGGGCUGAAAAGACUUUUUGAUGACUGGAACAAUAAACUCAUACAAGAUCCACAAUCAUAUGCCAAGGGUAUUGAUGCUCUCCUUAAAAAUGCAAAAAAAAUUACAUACACCAUCCCAGUUUGACAGUGCUAUGAGUACUCUAGGAAAGUAUUCUGGGUUUGCUUUUAAAGCAAAUUUCAAACUUAAAAAUCAUCUUGUUGGAAGCAAGAGAACAGGAGUGCAGCCAACGGCCCUUCAGCAUAGAAA